GAAGCUUUUAAAAGGGGGACAAGAAGCCAGAGAAUUAGGGCUAUAUAGUUGGCUGUGGGCGGUAAUGUCGGUAAGUGAGCAACAGCCGCUAACACUGAAUGUUUACAUUGGCGAUCACCGUGACCAAAGCCUGAGCUGAGUCUGUCACCGGCUGCUUGUUGCCUAUUGAGCUGCGGUACGGCAAGACCUCUUGUUCGCCUUGAGCCGAGGAGAGAGAAGGUGAUGGGAGAUCAGGGAUACAUGUUAGUCUGUGGGGAGCAGGUGCACGAGGCUGAACAGACUCUGGUCCGGCGGCUGGAUUUAUUUUGAGGUGUUUAGUUAUACUGUUUUGUUGCUUAGCAGGCAGACAUAGCACUCUCAGUUGUAUUGUAGCCUACAUGGGACAAUAGAUGGAAAUUAUUUUGUGUCACAUCACAUUACUGUCUGUUAAAUUUAAGUGUCCAUCUCAAAUAAUUUGGAAAUUUACACUCAUUGCUUCCAAAGCGUUAAAAGUACUGCGUUUGUUGUCGUGACAGGCCGGUGGCAGGGCUGGGGGGCUCUAUAAUGGCCUCUUGUCCCCGGGCCCCUGUAAAUCUGUUGACAGCCCUGGGUACAGCAUCAUAAAUGUAUUUAAUAAACCUCACAAAUUUCCAUCGUAAUACAGUACAAGUAUGAGACAUAUAUAAUAAUGUAUAUAUUUUUUAAUUGUAAAGCUAUUUGGUAGAAUGCGUAAGGAUAACGUACUGUGUUAAUUUCAUUUCAUUAACAGGAAAGUUGAGCCUAGCUUCUAAAGAGUGUUCCAUCGUUUAUGUAGGUCCUGUAUAUGUAGGAUAACGUCACUCUGAAUAUGUUUCGAAAUAAUUGGCGUCACUUCAAGUUGAUUUUUAUGUGUUUGAUCGUGAUGAUCGUGCAUGUACACAAAGGUCGGCGGCACGAACUUGCGACGGAUCUUCACGCAACACAUUGAACGCAGUCAAACGACCGCGGGAACCAAUCACGGCCCUCGUUUUAGCCGAGGUACCCGGAUGUUGCCGUGGAAAGCUCAUCUACGUCAUUGUUCACCGCCGGACACCCGAUUGGAAAUAAGGAAUGGCUUUACAAUCGCUACAAACGUGCUUUUAACAACAUUCCAGCAAUGAGCUAUGACAAUUGUUGACAGGUCCUCCGAAAACUCUGACCACGAGUCAGUUGGUUGCAAGAGAUCCCCCUUCACCAGUGGAGACGGGAUGGACAGCAGCUGUUCUAGCAGCUGGGCGGUGGGCCCCACUUUACCUACUGACUCGCCACGGCUGAAGGGUCCGGGGGGCUGCUUGGGCCCGACGCCUGGCGCUGUUGUCUACAAUAGUACGCCUUCCUCUGUGGACAGACCCAAAGAGCAAGUUUUGUGCAGCGGCGACGGCAUUGACGUGCCACAGAAGGUCCUGUUCUCUCCCGAGCGCCUCAGCCUAAAGUGGAACCAAGUUCACCGCAUAGGUGCCGGCCUCCAGAACAUGGGCAACACUUGUUUCCUCAACUCAGCCCUACAGUGUCUCACCUACACACCGCCAUUUGCUAACUACAUGCUGUCACGGGAGCACUCCAAAACAUGUCACGAGCCGGGCUUCUGUAUGAUGUGCACCAUGCAAAAUCACAUCAUUCAGGUUUUUGCCAACUCUGGGAAUGUUAUUAAACCAAUUGGUGUGCUGAAUGAGCUCAAAAGGAUUGCAAAGCACUUUCGCUAUGGAAGCCAGGAGGACGCCCAUGAAUUUAUUAGGUACACGGUGGAUGCUAUGCAAAAGUCCUGCUUGCCUGGAACCAAAUUGGACAGGCAAACGCAGGCAACCACUUUUAUUCAUCAGGUAUUUGGUGGUUACCUAAGGUCCAGAGUCAAAUGUUUAAACUGCAAAGCAGUCUCGGAUACAUUUGAUCCUUUUCUGGAUAUCACUCUGGAAAUCAAAAUGGCUCCAAGUGUCUCAAAGGCCCUGGAGCAGUUUGUCAAGCCAGAGCAGCUGGAUGGGGAGAAUGCCUACAAGUGCUCCAAGUGCAAAAAAAUGGUCACAGCCUCAAAGAGAUUCACUAUCCAUCGCAACUCCAAUGUACUCACCCUCUCUCUGAAACGCUUUGCCAACUUCAGUGGAGGAAAAAUCACAAAAGAUGUAAAAUAUCUGGAGUAUCUGGAUCUGCGGCCCUUCAUGUCCCAGUCACAAGGAGAGGCCCAGCUCUACGGGUUGUUUGCUGUUCUCGUCCACUCUGGAUUCAGCUGCCAUGCUGGACACUACUUUUGCUAUAUUAAGGCAAGUAAUGGUCAGUGGUUUCAGAUGAAUGACUCCUCUGUGACUGUCAGCGACAUCAGGUCUGUUCUUAACCAGCAGGCUUAUGUCCUUUUCUACAUCAAGUCCAGUGAUGGAAAGAAAGAAGGGGACUAUGGUCACAUGACCCAUAACUCUGCUGUACCUGGUCAGUCGUCUCCUAGACCAGUCGUGAUACCCCGCAUCAACACCGCCGGUCAUCACAACAACGGCGGCUUCAUCGGACCGCAGCUGCCUCCACACAUGAUCAAGAAUUCUCUCCACAUGAACGGGAACGGAUCCCUGAGAGACUGUCCCAAACCCAGCACCAGCAGCACAGUUUCCGGUAAACUGAACCACGGCGCGGCUUCCUCUUCCUCUUCGUCGCCUUCGGUGAUACCAGAGCAGGAGAAGCGCCUGAAGCUCUCCUUCUGCAUCGGCCAAGGCAAACCAAAUCGCCCGGCUUCUUCCUCGUCGUCAGCCAGCAGCUCCUCUGCCUCAUCCUCGUCUAGCGCUUCAGCGUCCUCCGCCCAGUCUACCUCAGAGGCCCGCUUCAUCCCACGACAGCUUAACCACAUCAACGGCACCUCGCGCAGUAACGGGGAGCACCAGGGCGGAGGGAACGGAUUGUCUUUCUUGGUGCCGUACAGUCAAGAGUUGUCAGAGGACUCGGACCAGGAUAACGACGGAUCCUUGGAGAACGGUUGCCCGGUGAAGGGUCGCUUGAACGGAAACAAAAGAGCAAACGAGGACUUUGCUAACGGGGAAUCGGAAGCGCAGCACAAUGGAAACGGUUUGAAUGGAAUUACAACGAGCAUAUCGAAAAGCUACCAAAAUGGACACCAUUAUGGACUUCAAAACGGCAAUGGACAUCAUGGUGCAAAGAAGACAUCUGGUAGUAAUAAUGGAAGUUUGUCAUCCGAGGGGACUCGCGGCGCUGUCAUAAAUCAUCGUAGUUCGAGCAUGUCGUCGGAUGCAGUAACAAAUGCCGAGUCGAAUUAUGCGUCGGAUGUCGAAAAGAUCGUGUGUCGAAGUGAUCGUAUGUCAAGCAAUGAGGCAUCCCUGGCUGGUUCUCUUCAUAAAAUCCAACCAUCUACCAGUGAAAGCCAGCUCGUCUCUCCAGACAUGAGGGCUAUACGUGUGUCCGAUCCCCAUCCUCAGCAAACAGCCUCUUCCACCAAUCACAUCAAUUCCACUUCGAGCGAGUCCGCAUCCGUCAGUCCAGCAGCCUCCCACGCCUCGCUAGAUGCCUCCCACAGUGUUGGCGGCGCUUGCGCACCUUUCCCAAAAGUUCCUUUUCACCCCGACAAAGCCAAUGACAUCGCGCUGACCAAUGGUUCGACAGCAAUGGCGUCCGAGAAAGAGCAGCUCCGGACGAGUCCGAGUUCCAGAGGCUAUGAAAGGAGGUCGUCGCGGGAAAGGGGACGUGAUAGGCAGCACUUGUCCGACUGGAGCAGAGACAGAGAUAGAAGAGACUACCGGGACAGAAGUCAGGAACGGGAUGGAAAUCGUUCCAGAAAGGACUACAAAAACUACAAUUACCAUCACCGUUCAUACAGAAAUCCGGAUUAUUACUAUAGGGACUGGGAGAGCGAGCGUCGCUGGGAGCGGCCCUCGCACCACCCCAGGGAGCGGGACCGUGACCGCUGCUCAAACCACUACCACUUCUACCACCACCACCGAUCCAGGGAAGCGCGUGAUUAUGACAGAAGGGGGUACAGCCACCGCCACGAGUCCCAAGGACGGAGACGGAAUCAGGACGGGCGGGAAUUUCGCGACGGUAGGGAAAGGGACUACUACUCCCAUAAAGAAAGUGGUAACGACAGGUCAUUUCUGCUGUCGGAGGACCAAAAUCAUAAAAGGAGUGGUCGCUCGGUGAGCUCUGAAGAACGCCACAGCAAAAAACACAAAAAGGGCAAGAAGAAGUCCAAGGAUAAGGAGCGAAACCGUGAGAGUGGCUCCGAUUCGGACCGAGGCCACGAACUCAAAAAGAAGAAAAAGCGGUGGCACCAGAGCGAGCAGCGCAGUCGCAAAGAACGGCAGGACCGCAAACGGCGUCACUCCAAGGACAAUGAACACGACGAGCAUGGCCGCUCACCUGAGAAACGACGCCGCGUUGACCGUGACGACGUCAGCCCCGACGCCCCUGUGCUCGGGCCGCUUCACAGCCAAUUUAACGGUUAUGCGGGAAACGGUUACAGCCAAGCCAACGGUGUCUCUCAUUGAUGGUCCGGUUUACUGAGCAGUACCAUGAAGCACUGACUACCACCCUGCCGAGAUUUCCAGCGGAGGAAUGAUUUAACAACUUGGUGCUUCAUUGGGAAAUAAUUGUAUUUUUAGCACACGUCAAGUGUUUCAAACAUUCACUUUUUAAAGCAUCGAUUUAGUUGCAGUGACUCCCCUCCUCCCAUCAUACAAGAACAAAGACAAAAGAAAUAUUAAUAUAUAUAUAUAUAUGUGUACGAACUCAACAGUGGAGCUGAAAACAUCUCUGAUGCUGCUCAGUGGAACUCAGGACUCAAAAUUCAUCAUUUUCCACUUGCUUUACGUUAAAGGGAAAUCCACGCGCUGCUGAAAGGAAGUUGGGAAAGUCUGUAAAAGUAUGUAGUUAACAAUUUUGAGUUUUCUUCAUCGCCACUGGGAGGAAGGGGCGGGUCAAAGGCGCGAAAAUUAUUAACAAAACGAUCAAGCACGGCUUCACUCACUGAUACCUCCACAAUAUUACCCUGGACUGACUUGAGCACAUUUCCUUUUAUUUUUAAUUCUUUGGCUUCUUCAAGUCAUUCCUUUCUGUCUUUCUUUCAGCUCACAUUCUAUUCGGGCAAAGCUGAGAAAAAAAAGACUGUAAUCAUGCCUGUUGGACAAUUUGUGUUGGUUUUUUUAAAUGGAGAAAAAAAAAUCCACUUUGCGUCUUUUAGCAUAAUAAGGAAUACUGUGAAUUAAUUUUUUUAACUGUACUAUCAGUUACCUUUCUAUAUAUAAAUAUAUAUAAUUAUAAAAUUCCUGUAUCAGGAUUAUAAAUAGAUCAUGUUGUUUUGCUUUAUAUGUUUUUAGACAAAUUUAAUAAUUCUGCUCGUAUUUUGUGGACUUAAUUCAGCAAUGAGUAUGGAUUGUCUUUUGUUUUGCAACUUUUUGACAGAAGUUGAAAAUUUGUGUUAUUCCUUUAAUUUAGCAUGUCAGCAUUUAUACAUUGUACAAGGUAAAGGCCUUAAAAUACAUUUUGUUAAUGUCAGAAAUUGUAAUGUUGUCUUUGACUGUGUGGAAAAAAGUGCACUGAAAUAGCUGGAAAACGGGUGGAUGUGAUCAAAAUAUCUGAAGGGGCAGUUUAGAGCUUUUUGUAUUUUUUACAAACUUAAUUGUGAUAUGAGUACGGCAUAUAGUAAAUAAGCACAUAAAUGAAUGCAAACUCAUAACCUUCUGUUCAACACAUCGUUUAAAAAAUGGUUUAAGAAAUAAUCAAAGAACAGCUUAUUAUCCCCAACAUCCUGUAUUUUUUCCACCAAUUUUACAUCUUUUCCUGCCAAUGAAAUUCAAAUCUUGAUGGUAAUAUAUAUAACUAAAAGGCAAAUGCCCAUUCGGUGAUUUGAAAACGACAUGAAACAAAAGACAAAAUACAUUAUUUACAUAAUUUACAAGGAGAUUGUAAAUUAUUUUGUAAUAAAAUCAGAUAACUUAAAAAUGGCGGCUUUUCAUAAAAUGUUUACGUAGAUUUGAAACCAAAUGCAUUAGUGCAAAUUAUUCUUAAUCUGCCAACUAAUAUUCCAACAAAGGGAAGAUUAAUGUUCCAGUAUUGAAAUACACUGCUCACCAAAAAACUGUUUUCAUGAAAAACAUGUUAGUCCAUUUGGGGGGAAAACAUUUUGAGAUAUGAGCAAACUUGACUCACUGCAAACACGCAAAAAUGUUAGCAGGUCGUGUCUCCAUAAACUGCAGUGAAAUAUUUUUCCUACACCCACUUGUAAAUCAGUGCGUUUUGUAUAUCCAAAUCAGACCAGCUGAUUCAUUUUGGAAGUUUAUCCUGUCACGAGUGAGAACUAUUGCCUCCCACUGAGUGAAAUAGAUGCAGUUCCUCGUCGAAUCCUGCAGAGGGUGCCAAAAGUCAUCCCUCUUUUGUGGCGUCUUCGUUUCUUUCAACCGAGAAGUUUGAGAACUUAUCCAUAGGCGUAGUUUGUAGUUGGCCUGGUUCUGCUACUCCGGACGUGGCAGUGAUGCAAAGGUAAGAUGUUGAAAGAGGCCUUUGGUUAUUUCUUAUUGGCUAUUCUCCUUUUUCUGGUGGCCAACAUGUCGUAGAAGGGAUCUCUGCUAAUGCUUGCUCUGGCGGGAAAGAAGACAAAACGUAAGUGAAGUCACAUUUAUUUAUAAAGCUCUUGAAAUAAAUGUCUCAAAUGGCUUCACAGGCCCACAUUUAACCAUUUCGACAUCCUCAGAUCUGAAUCUCCAAAAGAGCAAGGAAAAACCCCAAAACCCAAACACUGCAAAGUGGUACAAUGUGGGGAAAGGUAAUUUACUACGAAAACUAGCAAAAAAGUUGACUUUCAUUUUUCGAUCACUUCUUAAGUCAUUGUUUUGAAUUAAAUUGUUCCAAAAAAUAAUUUGUUAUUUUCCUUAAUGUAGGGUGACCAUAUUUUGAUUUCCAAAAAAUAGGACACUCGGCCUGGCCGAUAUACUUCAAUUUUACUCGAAGUUCACUCAAAGAUGCCUAUAUCACUUUAAUAUAUUUAAAGUGUGCCUCCUCCGUCUGGAUAGAAAAAUUCAGUUUUAUUUAAAAAAAAAAAAAAAAAAUAGGCCCAUUGCCAUAUUGUAUAUAUUAUAUACUGUAUGGAAAUAUAUUUUUUCUCCUCAACUGGUUACUCAACAGGCUUGAUUCUUCCUAAUGAAAAUCAAACAAAAAUUAAAAAAAUAAAAAAAUAAUAUAAUGCAGACCCAUGGAAAUGUAGUCCAGUCAAUACAUACACACAGUAGGCUAUGUGCCAACUCAACAUUUUUUUAAAAAAUUACUAUCACAACAAUUGUCACUGACAUUGUUAUUCCCACUCAAUUUUUAUUCUUUUUCAAUGUUCUAAACUGUAUGCAAACAAUAACCGAAAUAAAGUGACAAGCGAUUCAACCAGCAGGUUUCCAAACCCAGCAGUUCAAAACUACAUUGCCCAUAAUGCCUAGCGCGGCUGAACUCACUGAUUGCUACCCUAUUAGCGAGUACGGGAGCCGAGGCAAAAUCAGACUUUGCUAUAAAAGUUUACAAUCAUCCGCAGUGCAAAGAUGCGACACCAAACGGGAUUUUACAGAUUACACAAGUACAAUUUUUCGACAGAAGUCAACAGUUGCCAUUAUAUACGUAUUUAUCGUAAAAAAACCUCAUAUGAAACACAGCUAUUUAGAAUGCAUUCAACCAAAUAAACUAACGCAGAACAAUUGCAAGACUCAUACAAAAUACUGCAUCUCUGUGUACACAUAUAACACUAUAUACAACAGAAGACACGUGAUCGACAUUAACAGGAGAUAAACUUACAGAAAGGUGUAUGGAGCCAGAUCUUUUAGAACUCCUUAUUGAACUCCUUAGUCUGAUCUCUCGCCAAACCGUCAGUAGAUGGUGGUAAUUCCCCAUGAAACAAAGGGUAAACCACCAACAAAAAAGAAGAAGAUCUACUCCUUCUCCCGCCCCUACUAGUAGGAGCCACGUCAACGCAGGCAGGCGCUGCCCCCUAGCGGCCGGAGGGAUUCUCUUCAAAUUGGUCCGUGAAAAAUCAUAAAAAAAUGGACAUUUUCAUGAAUUUAUGAAACCUGGCCGGACGCUCCAGAGGGCACGAAAUAAGAGGACUUGUCCGGGCGAAAGAGGACGUUAGGUCACCCUACCUUAAUGUGUUGCUCACUCAGUGGCGGAACAAAUGUGAACAGAGCCCGGGUGCAGUGAGCAUAAAUGGGACCCCGCCCCUAGUGGAUCAUCAGAUGUGUGUUAGGCUAGGUUCAGACCGCAUGGACGAUUUUUUUUCAUAUUUUUCCGACUUUAGUGAAACAUUAACUUAACGGUCUGAACAGGACAAGUCGCAUAGAAAUGUACCAUUUCAAAUCUGA